AUGGGGAAAGUCUUUUCUAAAGUAUACGACGAGACUUUCAAGAUACGAGCACUUGUAUCCGAGAUACUCGCGACGAAACAAUGUUUUGACGCUCUCGUCUCUCGGGUCUCGGCCGUAACAUUCCCGGUCUCAAACCCCACCUCCUCAUUUUGGCAAAAUGACCCAGUGUUCCCGGAACUGGUGAACAUGCAAUCUGAGAAUCUCCCAAAUACCGCUGACGUUGUCAUUAUUGGGUCAGGGAUAUCCGGUGCCAGCGUGGCAUACUCAAUUCUCAAUGGGGUCCAGAAUCAACGGAAAGCUAAGCAACCCCUCAAGAUAGUCUUGAUAGAAGCUAGGGAAACGUGCAGCGGUGCAACCGAGAGAAACGGAGGUCAUAUCAAAUGCGCUGCGUAUUUGGAAUAUUCUUCUCUAAAGUCGAGAUACGGAAUCGAUAGCGCAAAGAAAAUCUUGCAAUUUCAGAAACGACAUAUGCCCAUCCUACUUGAUAUGAUACAACAGAUGGGCUUGGAUUCUGCAGAGGCGAAAGAAGUUGAAACAGUGGAUAUCUUCACCGACGAGAAAAGAUGGAACGAGGCGAAGAUGAUGGUGCAAGAAUUAAGGGACGAAUUCCCCGACGCGGCUGAAGAUACUGUGAUUCAUGAUUGUUCGAGUGGUUGUGAAAAAUAUAAUGUGGAUCCCCAGCACUGCUAUGGAAUCAUAUCCUAUCGUGCAGCAGCCCUUUCGCCAUACCGCUUCAUCACCGCCCUCUACGCAUCUCUUCUCGCAUCAUUUCCUUCCGACUUUUCUAUCGAGACCAAAACUCUCGCGACCGAUAUACGAAUUGAUGUUAAAAACUCUGACCGGCCCUUCGUGGUCACCACGCCAAGGGGAAACAUCAAUGCAACCCAUGUUGUGCAUGCCACAGACGCAUUCGCAGCGAAUCUCAUCCCGGGGCUAAAAGGGAAGCUCUUCCCGGUACGGGGACAUAUGACCGCUCAAAGUCCAGGAACCCAUUUUGCAAAACUUGCAGGCUCUAGGUCAUGGUGUAUCCAUCACAAGCGCGGCUUCGACUAUAUCAGCCAACGACCCGGCGAAGGCGAUCUUAUGGUUGGGGGUGGGGUAGUCCAGUCAGAGGAGAAAGGAAUGGAUGAGUUUGGAGUCUGGAGAGAUGAUCGGAUCAGUUAUCAUGUUCUUGCGUAUCUGAAUGGACUUAUGCCCACGCUCUUCGGUACCAAUAUCUGGGGGGUCGAUGAAGCUCCCAGAGCGAAGCAAGCAUGGACUGGUUGUAUGGGGUUUACGCCGGAUCUUUUACCUUAUGUUGGCAAGGUGGAGGAUAGUCUUACUCACCGGAAACUAGAAUUUCCGUCAGGACAAGAUGAUAGAAAGGAAGCUGCCGAGUGGAUUUCAGCGGGCUUCCAAGGGGAGGGUAUGGUCAUGGCGUGGUUGUCGGGUGUUGCCGUUGGCAUGAUGAUUAUUGGGGACGAAGAAGGCGAAUUUCUGGAAUGUCCAGGGAUACCUAAAGGAAAUGUUGAGGAUUGGUUGCCUCGAGAGUUUGUUUGUUCCAAACGAAGGGUGGACAAGUUGAGUCUCUCAGAUAUGGCAACGCUUCUGUAG